CCGUCGGCAUCCGGAUCCCCGACACCCCCUGCCCCCGCGCAUAUGGAAGGAAGCGGCGCGCGUAGGCCCGAGACCCCGAUGGCGCUGAAGGAAGGUGCCGCGGGCGCCGCUGCCUCCAGGGAGCUGCUGUCCGUGGGGAGCGGAGGAGGUAUUCAUGACACACUGUUGAUUAACUCAAAACAUGCCAGCAAAAAGGUCACAAAUUUAGAGACAGUUAGGAUACCAAGAAGUAACAUUUUGGACAGAGUUCAGAGCUUUCUACCGCAGAUGGCCCUUGCAAACAAUGAGCUAAGAAGAGAAAUGGCAACCGCUCCAGCUCAUCAGUUUGAUAUUGAAAAUCUAGACAGCUGCCUUGAAAAUAUUAUAGAAAUGAAUGUAGCCUUGGUUGAAUUAAGUGGUUCUGACACGGAUGAAGAAGAAAUAAUUUCAGGAGACAGCUCAGAAUCUGAAGAGGACAGUUGUGCAACUGAUGAAGUUACCAUAGACACGAUAAAACUUCCAAAACAAAAAGGAGAAAAAGGCAAAAUAGAAAUUUUGGACAGCAAAGUGAAUGAGUAGAUAGAACUAUUUUCAGAUUUCCAUUUCUGAAUGUAUCAUGUGUCCUGACUACUUUGAAGGCUUGACCCUUAGAAAACUAGCUAAUUUCCAAGUGUGUGUCACCCGGAAACUGGCGAACUCCUAGUCACUUAUGUCACUGGAAGUACUGUGUUUAGUAGGGUGGAGAGUUUCUUAUGGCUGGGAGGAAAGCUGGAGCUCUUAGAACUAAGUCCAGACCUAUCCCCCAAGCUAUAUAGAAAUGAGUUGCAUCAGGAGGUCAGGGUGGGGAAGAAACAGCAUGAAACUUAGUAAUUUGAGAGGCUGCACUGUAAAGCUUGGCAAGAAGUGUGAAGUUCUUGGCCUGUUGCGAGGUGAAGAACAGGUUACUAGGGUGUGGGGGUACGUACUUCAGGAGAGGAAAAUAAGUAGAUUGGAGGAAGACACAGCUUGUGUUUUGAGAUGGGAAUAAAUAUGCUAAGAUACUAAAGUAUUAUAUACUUGUCUUCACUAGCAAAUACUAAAAAUGACCACACUCAGUGCUUCAAGAGUUAAGUCAGGAAAUAUGCCUAAUUUAUUCUUGCCUCCUUAAUUUUAUAGGGAGCAAUUUGGGCUAUUUUACUGUAUGUAGUUUAGUUGUGUUCUGCUUUUCAAAUGAUGUAUUUGAAUGUAACUUGUUUCUCAAAGAAACAGUAUUUUAUAUAAUAAUGUUAUAUUACUGUAUUGACUUCGCUACAGAAGAUUGACUAGCAAGCUGCAGUUAAGCACAGGAUUUAAAAUCAAUACUGUUUGGAACAUUUGACCAAGAUAAUGAUCAAUACCAUUUCCAGUCUUUGUUGAAGAGCAUGUCCUCUUACCUUUCUUUAUUAAUAGGAAAAAUAAAAUCUUACUGGCAUCAAUUA